AGCAGUCCGAUCGUCUGACGGCAGCCAGGUUGGCUGCUGCUGUCGGGGUCCCACCAUGACGUUGGUGACUGAAGAGGACCGGUGCCAGCUGGCUGCCCCCGGUUCUCGCGACUCGUCCCUGGAGUAUUCGUACGAUUGCAGGUCAAAGGAGGACUUUGUGGAAAGCAUGGAGCCGGCGCCGUUUGGGCUGAUGGAGCCGCCUCGGCGCUCUCGCGGCCGACUGCUCAUGCACGCAACGCUGAUGUUCGGCCGGGAGUUCUGCUACGCGGUGGAAGCGGCCUUUGUGACCCCUGUGCUGCUGAGCGUGGGUCUCCCACGCAGUCUCUACAGCCUGGUGUGGCUCCUGAGCCCAAUGCUGGGCUUUGUGCUGCAGCCCAUCGUGGGAUCCUCCAGUGACCGCUGUCGCUCACGCUGGGGCCGCCGGAGGCCGUACAUCCUGGCCCUGGGACUCCUGAUGCUGGCGGGGCUCACCCUCUUCCUCAACGGUGAUGCAGUUGUGUCAGCCAUCGUCAAGGAAAGGACAUUGAAGAGGACGUCCGCCAUUGUGGUUGUCAUGUUCGGCGUGGUGCUCUUUGACUUUGCAGCGGAUUUCAUUGAUGGACCUGUCAAGGCCUACCUCUUUGACGUGUGCUCGUACCAGGACAAGGAGAGGGGCCUCCACUACCAUGCCCUGCUCACAGGUCUGGGCGGUGCUGCUGGCUACCUGAUUGGGGCAAUGGACUGGGGUCAUUCAGCACUGGGCGUUCUGCUGGGAUCUGAGUACCAGGUGAUCUACUUUUUCUCCGCACUCACCCUGGGGAUCUUCCUCGCCGUACACCUCUUCAGCAUCCCCGAGAGUCCAUUGGUUCAAGUCGUCGACUCCGACCUCGAGGCCAGUAUGCGGCUCCUAGGCUCACACGCCAGCGGUGGGGUGUAUGGAGCCCUGCCCAAGGACACCCCUCCAUCGCACGAGGUCCGGGCACGCUCCUUCUCAGCUCUGGGAGAGGCCAACGCCGUCACUCCCAGUGCUAAGCAACCCAACAAAGAGGCCCAGAAAAGGAUGACGCUCAAAUCUCUGCUCCUGACGAUGCUCAACAUGCCCAACCACUACCGCUGCCUGUGUGUCAGUCACCUGCUGGGCUGGACGGCCUUCCUCUGCAACAUGCUGUUCUUCACCGACUUCAUGGGGCAGAUCGUAUACAAAGGCAACCCGUAUGCGGACCACAACUCUACGGCUUACCUGACCUACGAGCGAGGGGUGGAGGUGGGCUGCUGGGGUCUGUGCAUCAAUGCUGUGUCAUCUGCACUCUACUCAUAUGUGCAGCGCUUCCUGUUGCCCUACAUUGGCCUGAAAGGGCUCUACUUCACGGGCUACUUCGUGUUUGGGUUGGGCACUAGCCUCAUCGGCCUGUUCCCAAACAUUGUGUCCACGCUCACUCUGUGUGCUGUGUUUGGCGUCAUGUCCAGCACCCUGUACACCGUGCCCUUCAAUUUGAUCUCUGAAUACCACCGUGAGGAGGAGGAGGAAAAACUGAAGCCUGAGAGCGAGAGUGGGAAGCAGGAGGGACGUGGUACUGGCACAGAUUGCGCUGCCCUCACCUGCAUGGUGCAGCUGGCUCAGAUCAUUGUGGGUGCAGGGCUAGGUGCUCUCGUCAACAUGGUGGGCAGCGUCAUCGUUGUGGUGCUGUCGGCCUCAACGGUCUCCCUCGUUGGCUGCCUGUUCAUCGUCUUCUUCAUCAGAGAUGUGAAAUAAUCCCUGUAAUGUUGUCCGAUAAAUUCUCUACAUUCCUUACCAUCUGCUUCCAUUUUUCAGCACAAAACAAGUGUUUCUCCACUGGUAUUAUAUUUAUCCAGGAUACUGAAGACAUUACUGUCACUCCCCUUUUGAAAUUUUCCUUAACCAUCUUUUCUGUGGGGGCACCUUUCUGAAGUGUUAACAGUGCUAUCAAAAGUUUGUACACUUGCUGGAUACUGUUUUUCUCACAAGGCAUGCAGUUAAGAAGUUUUGUCAGAAAAUCAGCCAACACGUCUUCGCAGCGCUUCCAGAGAUGUUGGGCAUUUGUGGGUUGCUUUACAUUCAUUUUUCUGUUCAGUUCUCUCAUCUAAGAACUCAAAAUGUGACUGAUAUUGUAUAUUUUUUUCUUCUAAGCAAAAGGAUGUUUGAAAAAUUAUUUAAUACUAUAAUCUGAAUUGUUUAGACACCCUGUUUUGCCAG